AUGGCUCAAUCUGAUAGCUAUGAAUCAACCUCCGCAAGACAAGAUGCACACCUUGGAACCUCCAAGGAAAGUGCUCGUGUCAACACAAUACCAGAUGCCCGUAUCAGUGAGUCUGAGUAUCCGGAAGGUGGUCGAGAGGCAUGGCUCGUUGUUCUGGGAGGUUGGUUUGGCUUGUUCUGUACAUUCGGCCUCGUCACCUGCGUAGGCGUCUUCCUCGAGUACUACCAGACUGGGCCCCUCAACCAGUACAGCUCCAGCAGCAUCAGUUGUAUCACAAGCAUGCAGGUCUUUUUUCAAGUUGGCGGCUCAGCAGUGUGGGGUCGUGUCCAAAUUCCUAUGGCCCGCGAUGGCUACUCUUUGUCGGCACGGAUGUGUAAUAUUUCGGCUUGA